AUGCUAAGCCGAACAGCGUCAUUGAUCGACUAUACCGCCCUCUAUCUUCUCCAAGACUACCUCACAACAUAUGAACUAGUUGCUGCCGGAUUAUCUGUUAAGGCGGCUACAAACAUUGCCGUCCUCGUUCCCUUUGCCGGAGUGCCGGGUCAGUUCGCAGCGGCUUUCCUGGUUAAGUAUACGAAGCGAUAUAAAUGGAUUACGGUUUCUGGCUACGUACUCAACUUGCUCGGACUCGGAUUGGCCUAUAAGUACAUCAACGGACACUAUCAUCUGGGUGCGCUGGUUGUCGCUCAAUUGAUCCUGGGAUUCGGCGAAGGGGUAAUCAACACUAUGCAGUUUGGAAUGCAGGCUUCAGCUAACACUGGCUUCUCUGCAGCUGUACUUCCUCGAAGGCUUAGCGAAUAUCUUCCUAAAGAGGCUAUAAGCAAACUCGCUGGGAUUGAAGGAUCUAUUUCGGUUGAUAUGGAAUAUCCGUGGGGCUCCCCCAUCCGUGAUGCUAUCGGAAAGUCAUACACGAGCACCUUCCGCCUCAUGUUGCUGAUCGCACUCAUCCUCGAGGCCUUCGCAAUUGCGUCUGCUCUCGUAAUUGAAGAUCUCAAUGUCAAGGAGGUCGACGAUGCCAGAGAGUACAAGGGAAUUGUAAUCGGAAAGACCGGUGCGGUGGAUGCCUUGAAGGGAAAAGUUCACGCUGGAGAGGAUGGAGAUCCUCGUGCCUCAGUGGCACCUAUGGAAGAAACCACCGAGGUUUGA